CAGUGAAACCGUUACAAACUUACCGUUACCCUGCGACAAUCGCAAUUAUUAUUCAAUUGGCAUUUGAUGACAACACUCGGGAUAACGGGACGGCUGGCUGCAGCAACAUUAGCCAACUACUAGCAGCAGUUAUAGCAACAACGCAAAACAACAGCAAUAACAACAACGUGCCACACGCCGUACUAAACAUUUACGCAGUCAGCAGCGGCUGAUUGUAUAUGUGUGUGUGUUCGUGUGUAAGUGUAACGUUGUACGUGUGGGCGUUGGGCGGUCACUUGGUUGUUGCUCGACAAUUCGUCGACGUCGCCGCCAAACUCGUCCUCAUCGGUUGCGCGUAAGUGAGUGCCGACUACUCUACACAGCCGACUGGCGCUUGUGACGACGUUGUGUUGCCCAUAUUUUCUAUGACAGUGUGUGUUGUGUCGGCCAACAGCCAGCAGCUGGCUGUAGCAACAGAAAAGCUAAGCUGAAGCGUUAAGAGCGUGUGCCACAAACGGAUUUUCCAUAGGUUGUCGAGCAGACGCCAUAUUUUUUACUCGCCAGUCUUGCAAGUGUGUGUUAGCGCACUUAACAUUGUGUUAGUAUUAGUAUACGUGUAAGUGUGCGCUUGUGUGUCUGUGUGUGUGUGUGUUGUUAUAAGGAAAAAUAUAUAUUUUAUUAACGGCAGUGGAGUAGAGUUGGCAGCGCCUCGGCGCCGCUCAAAAGGAGGAACACACGGCACAAUGCGGAACACUUACUUUGGUUUUGGUAGUGUAAUGGCAAAAGUGACGGGUAACGGUAACGGCGUCGGAGUCCGAAAAAAUAACGGAGUCUGAGUGCGAGUCUCGGUGAGACGCUAACAGUAUUGUGUGCCCAUAUAAACGCUUAACGCUUGGCAAAGUGUGAGAAAAAAUUUUUGUGUUGCAAAAAAGAAAGCAGGAAGGAAAAAAAAUCUGUAGUAAAAAUACUGUCAAAGAAACGGCAUUGGGUGGCGGCACACAAAGCUGCCUGGCGUGUGUGGCAUAAACCGCUGUAUGCGCCCGAAACACUUGUAACUAAAGUUGCUAUUUGUGACUACUUGACGAAAUUUUAUUUUAUUUCUUGUGUUUUUUUUUUGUGUUGAAUUUUUUAGUUAUUUAAAAAAGCUGCUUGUAAUCAAUUUUUGAAGUGCUUACGAAUUCAGCAGCAAGCGCAUUGCGAUCAUAAAUAGAGAGUGUGUAAAAUUUUGCAGGCGCGUGGCAAGGACGACAGCAGCGAAAAUGUCUUUGGCGAUGUUGUUUCUGACGGCCCGUAUUUGUAGUUGUAGCAGCAUUGCAACGCGCGCAUUCUAUAAGCCAUGGCAACAUUAAUACCGUCCUCAAAUGUUGAGGCCGCUUAUGAAGAUAUGUUUAAAGAAAUCACACGUAAAUUAUAUGGGGAAGAGACCGGAAAUGGUUUACAUACAUUGGGCACACCGGUUGCGCAGGUGGCGACCACUGGGCCCACAGCGCCCGAAGGCGAACGCUCAUUCACGAAUUUGCAGAUCGAUCGCAGCGCUGCGCCCACCAUCGAAUAUGAGAACAAUGCCGCUAAUGCCGUCAAUGCAGCAGCAACAGCAAAUGCGGCAAAUGUUGUAAUCCAACAACAACCCGAGGGUUCUGUGGUCGUCGCAACGACAGGCGGUAAUUUCAAAUCGGAAGACCACUUGAAUACGGCUUUUGGCCUGGCGGCGCUAAUGCAAAAUGGUUUUGCCACCACCAACGCCACUGGCACCGGUGGUACGGAUCAGCAACAACAGCAACAGCAGCAACAACAACAACAGCAGCAGCAGGCACAAAUUGUACAGUGGUCGACACCGACGGCAACAGGUGGUAAAUUGCAGAGUUAUACGGCUGCCACGCAACAGCAACAACAACAACAGCAACAACAACAACUGCAGCAACAAGUUGGCACAUCCAAGUCAAAAUCCAAAAAUCGCAACGAUUCUACCACCGAAGUGAUCUACACUAGUCCCUCGACCUCCGGUAACAACAUGAAUGCCGGCCAAACUCAACAGCAGACAACACCUACAUCAACAAACAGCAGCGGUGUCGUCACCAGUUCGAGCGGUGGCAAUAGUCGUAAAAAGUCACACAGCAACAACAGCAACGCGCAUAAUAAUCAACAAAAUGGCAAUAAUGCCAACAACAAUGGCGGUGUACAAGUGCAAAAACGUUACGCCUGCACACACUGUCCCUACUCCACCGAUCGGCGAGAUCUCUACACUCGUCACGAGAACAUACAUAAAGAGGAGAAGCCCUUUCAGUGCUUCGCCUGCCUCAAGCAAUUCAAUCGGGCCGAUCAUGUGAAGAAGCAUUUUCUGCGCAUGCAUCGUGAAUUGCAGUAUGACAUCAAUAAGACGCGACGUCACGUAAGCUCGAACACGUCCAACAGUGGCGGUGGCGGCAAUGGUGGUGGCAAUCAGCAUGCUGGCGGACGUGGCAAUGUGACCAUCACUUCGGGUGCGAACGUACAACUGGACAAUGCAUUCCUGGAAGCGCAACGCCAACCGACCUCGUCGAGCAUGAGCAUUGCGGAGACCAUCGAGGCUGUAGCUACAGCGGCCGACGCGCCCUUGCCACAACUCAAACAGGAGAAACAAGAUGACAUCGCUGUCGGUGUGGGCGGCGCCAAUGGUGGCAUUGUUUGCAAUACGGGCGCCGCUAGUGGCAACCUCAAACCGAAGCGUGAGAAACGCUUCACCUGCUGUUACUGUCCGUGGUCCGGCGCGGAUAAGUGGGGCUUGAAACGUCAUCUGAAUACGCACACAAAACCGUUUGUUUGCUUGCUGUGCGAUUAUAAGGCGGCGCGCUCGGAACGCCUGGCCACGCAUGUGCUGAAAGUGCACAACAAGCGCGCCUGCAACAAGUGCUCCUUCCUCGGCGAUACGCAGGAGGAGUUCCAAGCGCACAUCAACGAAGUGCAUCCCAAUGAUGCGCGACCGGCGCGCGGCAAUCAAAAUCCAACUAAUCACUUAAUUAACGGCAAUAUGUCGAACUCGAAUUCGAGUUCGAAUAUUUUGCGCACAAUUGGCAACCCUUUAGUAGCAAGUGAUACAAGUGUAAAUUUAUACUCAAAUUCGCAACUGGCAUACUGUCAUACAACACAUAGUGGUGGUGGCGGCGGCGGCGGCGGCGGCAGCUCAUCCACUUCCAGCAAUCAAGGCGGCAACGUCGGUGGCGGUGGUUCGGUAACGAUUUACACCACGACAACAACAAAUGAUAAUGGCAACGGUAAUAUUACCGGCGGUCCACUACAGGAAAUCAUUGUAAAUCCCACAUCGAUGGUGGGUUGGCGUUUGAGCGCCAAUGGUUCGCUAAUACCGCCGCACGAUCUACUCACGGGCGGUUUACCGAAUGCGGCCGCACAGAAACGCGGCUCCGAACGACUAUUUCAAUAUCUUGAGGCAGACGGAAGUGAUCCCGAAGACUAUGCGCGUCUCUUAAAAAUGGACGCCAUCAGUCGCAACACCGCUUCAGUCGCUCAGGAUUUUCAUAAGGCGGGAGGCGUGCAAGAGUUGAAAAUUCCAGCUAAUCAUCAACUCCUGUUCAAUAAUAAACUGCCUUCACAAUGGACGACCAAAGAGGCUGCGGCGCUACUCCAUUCCCUAAGCAACAACAGCAACUUUGCCAACUAUCAGCAACAACUGCAGCUACAGCAACAACAGCAGCGCAUGAAAUAUCAACAUCACAACGGCAACAGCAACAACACGCAUAAGCGUCAACGACAACACUCAACGGGUGACGAUGAGAAUACACCAUCGUCUGCCUCGUCGACGGCAUCGUCGAGUGAUGGUGGCGCAUCACCGUUGAAAGCUGGUGGCGUUAGACAGUAUAUGUCUAGCUCAGCAACAACAACAAAUGGCAGCAAUAGCAGUUACAGUAAUAGUGAGCAGAGAAAGGCGAUGUCGGCAUUCUUGAGCGAAAAUUUCGAUUUGCAAGAAACAACGGAGAGCGCAAUCGAAAUGAUGGCGGCAGCAGCAGCAGCAGCAGCGGCGGUUGGCAGCAGUAACAACAGCAACAGCAGCAACAAGCGUAAAUAUCAGCCGCAACUGGACAAUGAUGAAGAUCAAGAAAAUCAAGAGCAGCUUAUUAGAUCGCCUCCCGCGUAUAACAACAACAAACUAAACAAUACAAUAAAUUACCAGCAACAACAUACGAGAACAACACGAACGCUCAAUCAACGUACCACGAAUGCCGCGCAUAACCACCGCGAACAUCGUCUAGAUCUGCUACACUUAGAUCGUGACAACAAGGAGAACAACAAGCAGAAUGCUGCUGCCACAUUUCUCAGCAACAUGGAAUAUCAGAAUUUGAAUAAGGUCAGCACGCAUAUACAGAAUUAUGUCAAGGACAUUAUCAAUAAGUAUUACGCCGAAACGCCGCUUAUGUAUCCGGCAAUGCCGACAGCAACGGAGACGCCGCACGACAGCCAACAGUCAACGGAACAGCUACAGCAAAAGCCCUCCUCAUCGCAACGCAAGCGCAUGCGUAGCGAGACAGAGGAGUAUAUCGAGUAUUUGCGCAAUAAAGAGGAUAUAACGCUGACCAUCACACCCAAGGUAUCCACUGCGCAGAAGCAGCGCCAUGCCGCACAAGCCCAGCAACAACGACAAAGUCCCACACGACAAGCGUUGUUGGCCACACCCGCCGUUACGCUAGCGCCGAUCGCACCCAUCAUAACGCAAUCCAAACCACAACCACAGCCACCAAACGCGCAAACGCAGACGCAUGCGCAGCUGCAGCAGCCACCGAGCAAGCGUCGCAAAUCACUUUCACAAAUAGCCACAUUGUUGCCCUUGUUGGCAGACGCCGCCUCGCAGCAGCAGUACCUUACCGCGCCGUUAGAUUUCAGCAAGAAACCCACGCAUGCCGACGAGGCUACUUGCGCAGCCACAGCUACGCCCACAUUAACUGCGCCGGCGGUAACCGCGGUGUUGCCGAAAGCCGCGCAGGUCUCCGUUAUACAAGCAGCACCCACGCAACAACAACAAAAGUCACAACAACAAGCAGUAGUUCAAAGCGUCAACGACAAGCGUUCGUCACGCAAGCAAGCGCAGCCAAAGAAAAUACGCGCGCCACCAGAGGUGAUAGUCGCCAUGUUGCGCGACAAGUACUUGAAUCGCAUGGUGGAUCAUAAGCUGAGUUGUCGCGCCUGCGCACAAGAUAAGCGACGCGCUGCGGCAAUGCUCGUCUUCAACUACCACACAAAGGGUUCGCUGGCAUUGCACAAACACUGGAAGCAUCGCGCGAAGAAGCAACGCUGUCAGCAUUGCAUGCAGGCUUUUAAGCAACGCAGCAGCCUAAUCGUGCACAGUCGGCGCAUGCAUGCUGCUGUAAUGCAGGAGAAGCGGUCGGGUGCGAAUAAAGUGGGUGACAUGUUAAAGCAGCAGCAAAAGAAGGAGUGCAGCAAGCAGCAACGCAGCCAUGCGCAGAAAUCUAAGAAAACUGCGCUGAGCACGUAGAGCGCAGCAGCCAGGCAUGCGCAUACCACAAAUAUAUUUACAUGUGCAUGUGUGUGUGUGUGUGUAAACUGAUAUUACCAGCUAAGCAAACUUUGCCAGUUGGUGGGUGUAAACUGUAUAUUGAGUGGGUGCUGCAUUUGUAUAUUAUUUUUUUAAAUUUCUAUUUGCGCGCUUCACAGCGUAAAACACUCGGGUAUUCGUUGCUAGCAUUUUAUGUUGACGAUGUAUCCAUUCUAAACCAAGUAUGCGCAUUUUUAAAAUACUUAAUUAUUUUUUAGUGAAAAUGUAUAUUAUUAUUAGUUUUUAGUAUAACGGAUCGGUUUUUAUAUUAUAAUAUAUUAUUAAUAAUACAUUCCUCAUUUAUUAUUAGGCAGGGAUGAUUUGUAGUGAAAAAAAAACUGUAAAAAAAUGUUGCAGAGCACCAGGCUCCUCUGAGAACUAGACAAGCCCGGGAGUAACUGUCCCCGAUCUCCUAAGAAAUAAAAGCGAAUAUUCUAAUAAAACUAUUUUGUAAUUUCGAACUUGAUUUUUUUUUUACUUACUGUUAUGGCAGACACAAUUAUUAAAUAAAUGUAAAUAAUUUUUUUAUAAUUCUUCAUGCAUUUACUAUUUAUUUCGUGAAUAUUUUGUAGCGUUAAGUUAUGUAAAUUUGUUUUUGAUUUUUUUUUUGUAAAAAGUAAAUAAACAUUAUAUACAAGUACAUAUAUUCUUAUUUAAUUUUUGUUUUUAAUUUAAUUUUUUUUUUAAUUUUUUAAUGUCAUAUUUUUUUACAUAUAUUUUUUGUUUUUUUAUAAUAUAUUGUAUUAUUUUUAUAUAUUUUUUUGGUUAUAUUUAUUUUAUAUAUUUUUGUUAUUAAUCUUUUUUUAAUAUUUUUUUAUUGCUGCUUUUUUUGUGUUUUUUAUUUUUAUUAUUAUUUUUGUUCUUUAAAAAAUAUAAAAAGUAAAAAACAAAUAUUAAAAAAAAUAAUAUAAAACAAAAAAAAAACAAGAAAUAAAUAAUGCUUUUUUAUAUUUUUGCUUUUUUUAUAUUUAUUUAUUCUUUUUUAAUAUUAUUUAAUAAUUUUUAUUGUUUUAUUAUUUUUUACUAUUAUAAGAUAAUUUUUUGUUUUUUUAAAUUUUUUUUUUUUAUUAUAAUUUUUUUUUUUUUAUUAUAAUUUUUAUCGUUUUUAUAAUUUUUAUCGUUUUUAUAACUUUUAUCGUUUUCAUAAUUUUUAUCGUUUUUUUCUUUUAUUUGUGUUUUUUUUUGUUUCCGCGCUUUACAAAUAUAUAUUAUUGUAUUUAAAUACAAACUGUUUAUGCUUUCAAUCUAGCUUUUAAGUUCUUAAGCGAUUUUUUUUUAAAUUAUUUUCUUAUACAAAAAAAUGUAAAAUCGAAUACUCGCGACUUUUAUUUUUUAUUAGAAUACAAUGCAAACAAUUUUUUACAUAAAAAAACUUUACUUAAUUCGUAUAAAAUAUUUAUUAAAUUUUAAUAAUUAUUAUUAUAAUUAAGGUUUUCUUUAAAGACAAAACGCUGCAUUUUAAUUUUUAAAAAAAUUAACGGUUACAAACAAAAUAUAUGUGUAUACGUGUACUUUAUACUAAACAUACUUAUGUAUGUGUGUAAAUGCAUAGCUUGUUGCAUAUGCGUUUAAAAUUUUUUUUUUUUCAAAUUUAAUAUUUUUUUUCAAAUUUAAUACUUUUUUUCAAAUUUAAUAUUUUUUUUAUUUGCCAACAACUGUUUGGUUCUAAGUUACUUACUUUUAAGUUGUAAUGUACCUGAAAUAUGUUUUCUCUAAAAACUUAAAGCAAAAAAUAAAAUAAAAACUGCUAAUGCAGCACAUAUACAUAUGUAUUACAUUAAUAUUCAAAAUGUGAAAUUUAAAGCAUUUCAUACUUAAUUAAAUUAAAUUAUAUUAUAUUAUUAUAUAUUUGUUAAAGCAACAGUGCAGCUGUAUGCAUUAGAGCAUGGCAGAUGCCAACCUAAUGCUUACAAAAUACACCACUGUAUCUAUUGCCUAUGCAUAGUUAAUAUAUAGUUAAGUUUAAACGAAGCUUUAAUUUGCCAACUUCAUUGAUCAAAAAUAAUAAUUACUGUUAAUUUAGAUAUUUUAGCUAUUUUAGCAAAAGUAUUGACCUCAUUAGCUGUUUUAUUUUCAUAAGUAUGGAUUUGUUAAUUUGCCUAAAAUGAUAAAGCGUAAACAGUUGAGCAAAGUGUAGGCGAAAAAUAAUGAACAUAAAGAAUUAUAGUUGCCAUUUUUCAAAGCAAAGCAUACAAACCCAUACAAACACACAAAGAUACAGCAUAAGUAGCAAGUAGUUUUAAACCAUAAACUAAAAUAACGGAAAAAUGAGAAAUCUCAACACAAGUUUACUGCAAACAUGACACUUUGUAUACCAAAUACUCGAACAAUAUGCCAAGGAACUAAGUCCUUUACGCCAACUUGCCACAAAAGCAAUUAAAAAAGAAACUAUGCACAGCUAAAAAUGAUAGAAAAGCGAUAAAAAAUCUAAAAAUAAAAAUCCUAAGCUAUUUUAAGUAAAUAAAUUAUAAAUUCCAAAGCUGAUUUGGUUCAUACUCAUGCGAUUGCCUUAUUUUUUUAACGCUAAUAUAUUUUUAAUUCUUAUUAAUUAGUUCUACUUUAAUUAUUAAAUAAUUUCUAUGCUUUAAGUCACCUUUAAGUCGCCUUUCAUUGCAUAAAAUAUGGUUUAGUUUUUAUUAAAAGAGAAAAUAAAAUAAAAUCUACAUACAAUUAAAAUUUAGUGAUUUUAACUCCUUAUACGAAAUUUGGUAAGAAAAUGAGAAAAUGAAAAAUAAAAAGAAAAUAAAAAAUAAAAAGAAAAUGAAAAUAAAAAAUUAAAAGAAAAUAAAAAAAUAAAAAGAAAAUAAAAAAAUAAAAAUAAAAUAAAAAAAUAAAAAGAAAAUGAAAACCAAAAAGAAAAAGAAAAUAAAAAUUAUAUAUUUGAUGUAUGUAGCGCUAAGCAAACGCGAGUUGGCACGUUUACCACACGAAAGUGAAUGUAAUGGACUGAAAAUUAAUUUAAAAAAAUAACACAAAAAAAAAAACAAAACUUAACCUAAAAAAAACGUAUAAAAGAGCGUAAGAAUUCAAAAUGAAAUGGUGGUUAUAAGCAAAACAAAAACGAGAAAAAUUUAAAAUAAAUGCAUUUUAAGCUGAAAACACUAAACAAAGAACCAAAAUAAAAGCAAAAGAAGAAAAAAAAAAAAAAAGAAAACAAAAAGCAGACAUACAUACAUAUAUUUGAGAAGCGCAAGCGCAGCCGUUUAGUGUAUACACACGUAGUUUAAAAUGUUGUAAACGCCCUUUUGCAAAUACAAAAACAACAAACAAAUGUUAGAAAACUUCUAAAAGCUAAUUAAGCACGUUUUGGUAACCAAAAAAAAAAAAUAUAUAUAUAAAAAAAAGAGUAAAAUUAAAUUCAAUUGAGGAAAAUUAAAUUAAAUUGCGGAAAAUUUGAUUAAAAUGAGAAAAAUUUAAUGAAAUUGAGGAAAAUUAAAUAAAAUGAUGAAAUUUAAGACAAGCUAAAUUAAUUGAAAUUAAAAAAAUUUACUUUAGGAAAAAUGAAAUUUAAACAUAACAAAAAACAAGUACAGUAGUAAAAACAACGCCAUUAAUGGAAAGUGAAAAUUAUACUUAAAUAUUAAACUAUGUGUAACGGUAAUAGAAGCGUUAAAAAGUCACACAAAACACAACUAAAGAUUAAAAAAAAUAAAACAAAAAAAAUAUUUAAGAAAAGAUGUAUGAAAACCCUGCAGCCAGUGUGGACUGUUGGGUGGAUAUGAUAAUUAAAUGUCAAAUGUGUUUUUAGUUUAAUUUAUAUUUCUGAAUAUUGAAAAUAAACAUCUUAAAAUUAGUUUAAAAUAAAAAUAAA